AUGGGUAUUAACCUUGAUGAGCAUGUCCCUGUCGUGCAUAAGCGGUCGCGCAAGGCCAAGCCCGUUACAGUGGCAAUGCUUAACGACGUACGUACUAUGUUCACGUCGUUACUCCAUGAGUACGCCUACUGGGUCGACGAAUCCUGGGUAACUGGUACGAUCCCCCCCGAGCUGUACGGCACGUACUACCGCAACGGCCCCGCGCUACACGUGACCAACCCCCGGUACCGGCGCCACAUCUUGGAUGGCGACGGAAUGGUAUUCAGCAUCGCCUUCAAGGACGGCAAGGCCUACUUCCGAAACCGCUUCGUCCGAACGAAGGGCUUUCUCGAAGAGCAGGCUGCUGGCCAUCCGCUGUACCGCAACUCCUUCACCCGGGGCUCCCACGACGGCAGCACCCCCUGGUUCAACCCCCUGGACCUCACCUUCAAGAACGUGGCCAACACGGGGGUCCUGCCGUGGGGGGGACAGCUGUAUGCGCUGUGGGAGGCCGGUUUGCCGUACCUGAUGGACCCCACCAGCCUGGCCACCCAUCGGGAGAGCCGCAUGGGGGGUCAGAUUCGUGCAAACACGUUUGCAGCACAUUACCGAAUAGUCACGGAGGGGGCGACGUCAUGCAGCCCGUCGUCUGCAGCUGCGGUCGGCGCCAAAGCUACAGCCAGUAACGCGAAUGCUAACGCUUCGCAACAACCGCAGCAGCGCCAUAUGGAGCAUGGCGCUGCUAGCAUGAGCGCUGCCGCCGCUGCGGCGGGACACGCAUACAGUGGCAGUAGUGACAACACCUGCAGUAGCAGUAGCUGUCGGCGACUGGUGACGUUUUCCAAUGAGUUCAGCUACGGCGGUGCUACGGCUGUGUUUUACGAGUUUGACGAGGCCGGUCAGCUGCUGCAUGAGACCCGGCACAGGUUGCAGGGUUUAGACAUUGCUCUGAUUCACGACAUGGUUGUCACAGAGCACUAUUACGUGCUGGUGGUGGGGUCUAUCCACCUGGACCCCUUCAAGUUCCUAACGCAGUACGCUCUGGGUCUGUGUUCCAUUGCGGAGGUCAUGGUAUUCGACCCUCGCCAGCCCACACGGAUCAUGAUGUUCCCAAGGCCAGCCCGGCCCAGUGGGAAAGUCUUGGCCCCCCGCGUGCUGACCACCGAGCCGCUCUUCGUGUUUCACAACGUGAACGGCUGGGAAGAGGAGGAGGAGGAGGAGGAGGGGGGAGAGGGGGCCCCAGCGGGAGGGAUGAAGGUGGUGCUUGACUGUGUGGCCUGGGACGAGGUGUCGUUCGACAUGGGCUUGUUCGACAAGUACAAACAGCGCGUGGAUGGCUUUGUGGGCGGUGCUCGCACCCAACUGACUCGGCUGACCUGCGACCUGCGCACCGGGGCCGUGGAGUGCCGCAAGCUGCUUCAGCGCACGGUGGAGUUCCCCAUGACCGACCCGCGGGUCACUGCCCGACGUCACAGCGUCGCCUGGUUCAUAGCUGACGCAGUCGACCACCCGGUCCUGUGGGGCCCGGCGCAGAGCGUCAUACGGGUGGAGGUCGAGCCGGAUACGGCUCCCCGCACGGCAGCUGCCACCACAGGAGGCGAAGGCGGCGGCCGACCCGCCGCUGCUGCAGUGGAGCCACGGCAGCUGGCGCCGCCGCGGCCGGCGGCAGGCACUGUCCGCGGCCUCGCCGCGGGAGCCGCCCCCGGCUUGGCUGUGGAUUGCUGGUACCUGGGUGACCGUACCUUCCCUGGAGAGCCCAUGUUUAUUCCGCGUCCGGGUUCCUCCAGGGAGGGAGACGGCUGGCUGCUGGUGGCGGUGCACAAUGCGGACUCGCAAAGGGCCGACGUGCUCAUCUUUGACGCGGAGGCGCUGUCGGCGGGGCCACUGGCCACCCUGCACCUGCCGCACAGGCUGCCCGUGAGCCUCCACGGCGCCUGGGACCCGACCUACCGGGGACCCGAUCCACACGAUCCCAAGGUGCCUCGCUGGCAGGAGCCCUCUGUUGUGCGGCCGAUGUAG